AUGACAAUCGUUAUGGUUGUCCACAUAACCCAUGCUAUCACUGUCCACGUGGACUUCACUAAUGAGUUUGCCAUUUGCCUUAAGAAUAAUAACUGUAAUGAAAGUGUAGCUAAAACUGUGGCCAAUAAAUAUGGAUUUGAAUUCAUAGGACAGAAUAAAGGAGCAAUUGGUGGACAUGACAUGAAUAACGCAAAAGCGAGCUAUGACUACAAUGAUAAUGAUCCAGAUCCUUAUCCAACAGAUGAUGGCGAUAAUGAGUGA